UGUGUGUGAUGAGGUUUGACAACUUACCCAGUACUUAGUAUGUCAGGAUGCAGCCCAUACUCUCUGGCAAAGACAAAUGGUACAAUCCCUUGGGGAAGAGCUGCCUGAGAUUCCAUACCAACAAAUCAUGCACACACACACACACGCAAUACACACACAUAUAGGUAGAUACAUCUUGUGUUUGUAUAUGUGUGGUGAUAUAUGUAUACCUGUGAUAUGGCAGUGUGUGGUAGCUUUCCUCUUAGUCCAACAGCUAUGGAUGCAGCUGACAUUAAUACAGGCCCACCCAGAAACCGUAUCACCAUUCCAAUCGACAACAUUGUUGGUGAAUAUAUAAACAAUUAUGAUGUAAUCCUUGAUGUUUGUUAUCCAUCAAUAGUGGAGCAAGAACUGCGAUGCGGAAAAUGGCUACUAAGAUUAGUGUUGGAAUUGAUAUGUGCAUGACCUAUGAAAGGCGCUUUUAUUUUAAUCUUCCUGAGGUUCAAAAGGCUCUUCAUGCAAAUCGUACUAAUUUACCAUAUGGCUGGUCCAUGUGCAGUGGCAAUCUGAAUUACAGUGAUACAGAUGGCAAUAUCAACAUUCUGCCCUUGCUUAAAAGGAUAGUCGAAAAUCACAUUCCUGUCUGGGUUUUUAGGUAUCAUUUUGAAUAA